AGGGCGCGGUCGGGAUCGGGGGGCUUUUCCUGGCCAUCUUCUCCCUCGCCCGUGUAUGCGGACCCUCCAGGGAAAGAGCCGCGGCCCCCGGGCGGAUCCGAGGACACCUUGAGACACUUCAUCGAACUGACGUGGGAGCAUAAGAACUGAAGCUAUCUUCAUUUUGGGAACCCGGUUGCAGGAGCCAUGAUGAAUGGUCACAUUUCUAAUCAUCCCAGUGGUUUUGGCGUAUACUCACCUCAAAUGAAUGGCUACGGAUCACCCACAUUUUCCCAAAUGGACAGAGAACAUGGAUCCAAAACAAGUGCAAAGGCCCUGUAUGAACAAAGGAAGAAUUAUGCACGGGACAGUGUCAGCAGUGUGUCCGAUGUGUCCCAGUACCGUGUUGAACACUUGACUACAUUCAUCCUGGAUCGGAAAGAUGCUAUGAUAACUGUUGAUGACGGAAUAAGGAAGCUGAAAUUGCUUGAUGCCAAGGGCAAAGUAUGGACUCAAGAUAUGAUUCUCCAAGUAGAUGAUAAAGCUGUGAGCCUGAUUGAUUUGGAAUCAAAGAAUGAGCUGGAGAAUUUCCCUUUAAACACAAUCCAGCACUGCCAAGCGGUGAUGCACUCCUGCAACUAUAAUUCCGUACUCGCCCUGGUGUGCAAAGAGACAACCCAGAACAAGCCGGAUCUUCACCUUUUCCAGUGUGACGAGGUUAAGGCAAACCUAAUUAGUGAAGAUAUUGAAAGCGCAGUCAGUGACAGUAAAGGAGGAAAGCAGAAGAGGAGGCCCGAUGCCCUCAGAAUGAUUUCUAAAGCAGACCCCGGUAUACCGCCUCCACCAAGUGCUCCUGCCCCGGUGCCACCUGGGACCGUUACGCAGGUGGAUGUCAGAAGUCGGGUGGCAGCCUGGUCUGCGUGGGCAGCUGACCACGGGGACUUUGAAAAACCAAGGCAGUAUCAGGAGCAGGAAGAAACACCUGAGAUGAUGGCAGCCCGGAUUGACAGAGAUGUGCAAAUCUUAAACCAUAUUUUGGAUGACAUUGAGUUUUUUAUCACAAAACUCCAAAAAGCAGCUGAAGCAUUUUCAGAACUCUCUAAAAGGAAAAAGACUAAGAAAAAUAAAAAGAAAGGUCCAGGAGAGGGUGUUUUAACUCUGCGGGCAAAACCACCACCUCCUGAUGAAUUUGUUGAUUGUUUCCAAAAGUUUAAACAUGGAUUUAAUCUUCUGGCCAAGUUGAAGUCUCAUAUCCAGAAUCCUAGUGCUGAAGAUUUGGUCCACUUUUUGUUUACACCAUUAAAUAUGGUGGUACAAGCAACAGGAGGUCCCGACCUAGCUGGCUCAGUACUCAGUCCCUUAUUGACUAAGGAUACAAUUGAUUUCUUAAAUUUUACUGUCAAUGCUGAGGAACGCCAGUUGUGGAAGUCAUUGGGAGAAACUUGGAUGAAAGCCAGAGCCGAGUGGCCAAAAGAACAGUUUAUUCCACCCUAUGUCCCGCGUUUCCGCAAUGGCUGGGAGCCCCCAAUGCUGCACUUCAUGGGGGCUCCAAUGGAACAAGAUCUUUACCAUUUGGCUGAAUCGGUGGCAAAUGUAGCAGAACAUCAGCGCAAACAAGAAAUAAGAUUAUCCUCCGAGUCCAGUAUAUCAGAGUACCCACCACCUGAUGGCCAUGCAGCCAGUAGCAGCAUUUACACAAGAGGCCCCCCACUGGAUCAAGGCGCAGCUGUUGGUGCUGUUAAGCCAACUCCUAAUCGAAAUUAUGACCCACUCAAAACACAACCCAAGAAAUAUGCCAAAUCCAAGUAUGAAUUUACAGCAAGGAACAACAGUGAGCUCUCGGUUCAAAAGGAUGAUAUUUUAGAGGUCCUUGAUGACAGGAAGCAGUGGUGGAAAGUUCGAAAUGCAAGGGGAGAUUGUGGAUUUGUGCCAAAUAACAUUUUGGAUAUCGGGAAACCUCCAGAGUCUGGACUAGGGCGUGCUGAUCCACCUUACACACAUACUAUACAGAAACAAAGGAUGGAGUAUGGUCCAAGACCAACUGAUGCUCCCUCUGCUCCGUCGCCCCCUCCAACACCUGCCCCAGCAGUUCCAGUCCCCCUUCCGCCUUCUGCUCCAGCGCCUGUUCCUGUGUCAAAAGUCCCGGCCAAUGUCACCCGUCAGAACAGCAAUUCCAGUGACAGCGGCAGCAGUAUUCUGCGAGAUAGCCAGAGGCACAAACAACUUCCUGUGGACCGAAGAAAAUCUCAGAUGGAGGAAGUGCAGGAUGAGCUCAUUCACAGAUUGACCAUUGGUCGGAGUGCUGCUCAGAAGAAGUUCCACGUGCCACGGCAGAAUGUGCCAGUUGUCAAUAUCACGUAUGACUCCACGCCACAGGAUGUGAAGACCUGGUUACAAUCCAAGGGAUUCAACCCUGUGACUGUCAAUAGUCUCGGAGUAUUAAAUGGUGCACAACUUUUCUCUCUUAACAAAGAUGAACUGAGGACAGUUUGCCCCGAAGGGGCCAGAGUCUUCAGCCAAAUCACUGUACAGAAGGCUGCACUAGAGGAUAACAAUGGCAGCUCUGAGUUGCAGGAAAUUAUGCGCAGAAGGCAGGAGAAAAUCAGCGCUGCGGCCAGCGACUCCGGAGUGGAAUCUUUUGAUGAGGGAAGCAGUCACUAAUUGGAUUUUAUGUAUUUGUCAUUAAAUCUUCUCCUCGGCAUUAUUCCAACAUGCUUUGUUUUAAGAAGUCAUGAAGGGAAUGUCAGAUUUUAGUGUCUUGGUCCCGUUAAUUUAUCCCCACAAAGAACGGAUGUGCACCUGAGGAAGCAGGGCACUUGCCUCUGGGCCCCUGGUGGUUGUUAACAGGGACAAUUUUUAAACGGCAUUUGCUGGACCUUGAGCUAUAUGUCACCUGCUUCACCAAGGUGAGGCUUUCGUUAUUGGUUUAAUUAUUUCUUCCAAAUCUCAGUGCAUAAUCAGGAAUUUUUGACAGGGAGGAAUUUAUUUAUUGCAACAAAGCAAGGAGCUUGCCCUUGAUUGAACAUCUAGGCAAUUUCGAUUUGGACUGCCAUCCAGUGUCUGUCAUUUCGAGUGUAGCUCACGUUAGGCUGGUCUCUACUUUCUCAGGUCUCUUUUCUGGCAUGCGCCAUGAUAGACUGUUUAGAGUUAUUUAAAGUUCCUAAUGCCAAGAAUUGAGGGGGGAACACAUUUGAAUAAAGUGUAAAGUACAACAGGGACUUUCACAUGCAAAUGUAAACCUAGGAACAUUCCCAAGACAUUUUAUUUAUCGUGACUCUAUUGAUCAUCAUCCCUUGUAUAGCUUGUAUUUUGAUUUGGUUUAUAUUUUACUUACUAUGUAUACUGUAUCCUUAUAUAUGAGAAAGCACAAGUGGAAAAGAGGUCAUACUCAAAAUCUGUCAAAGAAAGUAGCCUUCACUGACGUACAGUACAGUAUUUUGCUUCAUGAAGGCCUCGGUUCUGAAUAUUGAUGUACACAUAAUAGGGGCCAUUUUAUGUGUUUAUCUGUGUUAUUCUGUUUCUUGUCAUCAGAAGCAGCUAAUGUACACAUAUUUUAAUCCUGUGAAAGAUUCGAGAUAGAGAAAAGAAAAAGAUACCUAACCAUCAACAAAUGUUAUUUUUGCAAACAUGAUUUUUGUCAUUAAAUGUUGUAUUAUUUCACUUAUAUAAAGCAGAUGUUAUGUAAGAAUGUUGUAUAUUUUAACAUAAAUUCAUUUAGGAAGAUUGCCUAGAUUCAUUAAUUUUCAUAGUGCCUUUUUCACGAGUCAGCUGGAAAGUCUGCAAUAAACAGUAUUUGCUGUAUGUGAA